AUGCCCACCGUCUACGAACAGUUGAAGGCAUAUCCUUCAGACACACCCACGGUCUCGCCCAAAAGCUACGCCAGCAACGAUAAGCUCAGCUUAUCGGGCAGAGUGCUCAGUGUAGUACUGUCGUUACCUACUCAAAUCAGCAAAGUCAACGAUUCACUGGGACAAACCACGUGGUCGGUUGACCCCAUACGUGGCCAACUGGCCAUGUAUCUGUCGGUGUUUUUUCUUCAGCACCAGACCGACUGGGAGAGCCAUCUUAUCGGGUGGACCGGGGAGUUGCUGAACAAAACCAAUGCGACCGAUGUGAACCUGGACAAUAUCAAAGACGAUCCGAUGUACUUGGACGAGAGGGACAAGCAUGGGCUUGAGGAGCAGAUCAGACUGACGCUCAAGACAGACAAUGUGCACCCGGUAUGGUUAUUGCGCAAGGACCAGGACCGGUGGAGACGGUACGCCGAAAAGGUGAUCUGGCCGGUGUUUCAUUAUAUCCAAGGUCAGCCCAACGAUGGGGCCCAGGAGGGCCAGGAAUGGUACGAUUACGUCAGAUUCAACGAGGCGUAUUUCCAAAAGAUCAAGGCCAUCUACAAGCCGGGAGACGUUAUUUGGAUCCAUGACUACUACCUCAUGUUGUUGCCCCAAUUAUUGAGGAUGGAGUUUCCCAAUGCUUUUAUUGGGUUCUACAUGCAUGCACCGUUCCCUUCGUCAGAGUAUUACCGCUGCCUUGCCAAGCGGACACAGUUGCUUGAUGGUCUUUUGGGUGCAGACAAGAUCGCUUUCCAGAGCGAAUCCUUCCAGCGGCACUUCUUGAGUUGCUGUGCUCGAGUUUUGGGCUGUGAUGUCACCAAACGCAGUGUCAAUGCGUACGGCUCGUCAAUUUCAGUGGAGACCUUGCCGAUCGGUAUCGACACAAAAAGAGUCGAGCAUGAUGCGUUCCAGGAUUCUUCCAUAGAUGAUAAGAUAAAGGCUUUGCGUGAGAUUUAUGCAGACAAGAAGAUAAUCGUUGGCAGAGACAGAUUGGACUCCGUUCGUGGAGUUCAACAGAAACUCCAGGCGUUUGAGAUGUUCUUGCAGAUGUAUCCGGAGUGGAGAGAGAAAAUUGUUCUUAUUCAGGUGUCUUCACCAGGUUACUCCCAUGACAAUAAGGUCGAGAAGAAGGUUUCUGAUUUGGUCACCCUGAUCAACUCCCGUUACGGCAAUUUGAACCACACACCAGUGCUCCACUACCAGAUUCGUAUCAACAAGGAUGAAUACUUGGCACUUUUGAGAGUGGCUGACUUGUGUUUGAUCACCUCGAUUCGUGACGGAAUGAACACCACAUCCCUCGAAUUUGUCAUUUGUCAAAAAGAAAAUCACUCACCUUUGAUCCUUUCUGAGUUCACGGGAACGGCCUCGGUGUUGAGUGAUGCUAUCUUGGUAAACCCUUGGGACUCAGUAAGCAUCGCCAAGACGAUGUAUAGCUGUCUCAAUAUGAGCCCAGAGGCGAAGUACCAUCUCGAAUCGAAGCUAUACGAAAGGGUCACUUCAAACACGAUUCAAAGCUGGACUUCCAAUUUCAUUGAGCAUCUUCUUGAUCACGUUCAAAAGACUCAUAAAACUCACAACACACCAACCUUGAAUAGACCGAUGCUCUUCAAGAACUAUCAGCUCCUGGAAAGGCGUUUAUUCUUAUUCGACUACGACGGUACGUUGACUCCUAUUGUCAAGGACCCAGUGGCGGCAAUUCCCAGCUCCAGAUUGCAUAAAAUUGUGGACAAGUUGGCCGAAGACCCCAAGAACCAGAUCUGGAUCAUAUCUGGAAGAGACCAAGCAUUCUUGGAUAAAUGGUGGGGCUCGAAAAACGUGGGCUUAUCAGCAGAACAUGGUUGUUUCAUGAAGGAUGUUGGCAGCACCAAAUGGUUCAACUUGGCCGAGGCCUUUGAUAUGUCGUGGCAACUCAAGGUCGAUGAGGUUUUCAAGAGGUACACUGACCAAACCCCUGGCUCCAACAUUGAAAGAAAGAAAGUUGCAUUGACAUGGCACUACAGAAGAUCGGACCCUGAAUUGGGCAAAUACCAGGCUGAUUUGUGCUUGAAAGAACUUCGCGACGGAAUAGAGAAAGAGUAUGACGUUGAAGUGAUGGAGGGAAAGGCAAACAUCGAGGUUCGCCCACGUUUUGUGAAUAAGGGUGAAAUCGUAAAGCGCCUUGUAUUAAAUGGUCAUGGAGCUAAGCAGGAUCCCCAUCUGAUUCAGCUAGACCCCAAGUCAAUCCCUGUUAGUGAAUUGCCUGAUUUCAUGUUGUGUCUUGGUGAUGACACCACAGAUGAGGACAUGUUCAGAGUUUUGAAAGAAAUUGAGGCGAAAUGGCACUUAAAUGAGCUACCAAAGAACAAGUGUGGCUCCUACGGCGUGUUCCCUGUCUUAGUGGGCCCUGCUGCCAAGGAGACCCUCGCUACGUCCCACCUUAAUGAUCCCUCCCAGGUGAUUGAUACCUUGGGUCUACUUUCAGGAGAUGUUUCGUUGUUCGAGAGCGCUGGUUCCGUUGACUUGGACGACAGAGGACAUGUUGCCAACAGCGAGUCGAGUGAGAGAUCGAAAGAGGCAAUAAGGGCAGCAUCCAUGAAAAAAGACGGCGCAUCGCGGAAUCUGACUACCCAUUGA